UAGUCAAGAAUAGAACAAUUGGUUGUUCCAACAUUAUCUUAUGGUUGACACGACAAAAGGUCGAAGUUGUACAAACCAAACAAUGACAACCAUUUUAUAUGGUUGUUCGAACACUUUAUUAUGGUUAGAUUUUUUGUCUUACCAUACAUUACUGUUGCGCUAACCAUAAUAGGCCAACAAUUUACUUUUAGCACUCCCAACCAAUACGUUAUGGGCAGUGUAACAAUGUAUGAUGUUAGGCCACCUAAAAUAUUUCCAACUAUUUACUAUAACAAAAUUAUUUUUUGUCUCAUGCAUGAGUUCCGACAUUCGCAAAGUUUGACCACACCCCUCCCACACACAUUGCGACAGCUUCUCACCGCCAUCCACCGGCUUUCGCUUCCAGUCAACCAGACUUUCUCUUUUGGCGCAUCUCGUGUAUGCAGAUGGUCAACACGUAUUACUCGUGACACCCGAUUUCGGUUUUUGCGGUACUGUUGUUCACUUUUUUUGUAUGUGCUGUUCGCAUCGUCAACCAUCCGCCAUGCCACAGUGUGAUUAAUUUCUUUUCGAACCCUCUGUUGUCCUAACCUUUGUACCGUUCGGUCGUAUGUCCACGAGUCCGUCCAUGGUAAAGUGUGGUACGUGUUAAUCGCUUACCACACACGUACACCACAUGAAUUUGGCCGGUUGAUUGUUCGAUGUAAUCGUUGUUGGAUUGGUGGUCACCUACACGUCACUGUCACCUGUUGCCAAUCUGAUUGAGGAUACUGACAACUGCACACUAGACCAGUUGUUCUACAAAAACGUGACAAAAUCAUAUCAGGUCAUACAUGUCCAAUUAAAUCUUAUAUAAAAUAAUAUUAUACAUACAAACCAUAGAAACAUGUGUGUCGUUGCUACCGAACAUGACUGUUUUAUUGAAGAAAAAAAGAUUAUCACCCGUCAUAGUUGGCCGUCACAACACUAGCGUUUCCAUUGUUUCUAUGUAAUAAUAAUAAUAUUUGUCUUACCUUUAUAUGAUAAUAAUAUUUAAAUUUCAAUUGAAAAUUUCGAUUUUUUUCUCUUUGUUUAAUACAAGCCUAAUAUUCAACGGUGACAGGUGAACAUUUUUAUUUUAUUUCUCAUACCGUCUGUUAAAAAGUUUCACUUCAUCUGCGCGUACUUGCAACACGCCGCUUUUUUUUGUAACAUCAGUAAAGACAUUUCGCUUAAAAAAUGCUGGCUUGAAAACCUGAUUAAAACCUGACCAUAUCAAUAAUUUUUAAUUUAUCGUACAGAUUACUAAAAUAGCGUAGUAACCAAAACAAACGUGAAUUGCUUAUACUAUAAAAUAAUAGAGUAAAACAUUGACAAACUUUAAAUCCCGUUCAUCUAUUGAUUAGCAGUUCCCGAGAACAUAUAUGUGACGGUUAACAUCAAUAAAUUAACAAACUGGCAAGUCUUGAGAGGAAACAUGGGCGUGAUUAUCAAUAUGGGUAUGAAAUAGGUGAACAAUUAUUCAAACAUUGCAAUAGCCUGGAAGCACACUAGUGGACUCACAUGGAAAAAAAUCUAUAUCCGUGUGAUAUAUGCGAUGACUCUUUCGCUCAUUGCAAUACUUUGAAAUCACACCAGCGGGCUCACAUGGGAGAAAAACCAUAUCCGUGUGAUGUAUAUGACAGAUCGUUCGCUCAGAGCAAUAACUUAACAAGUCACAAGCGGACUCACACGGGAGAGAAGCCCUACCCGUGUGACGUAUGCGAUAAAUGGUUCAGUCGAAGUCACAAUCUGACUGUUCACAAGCGGACUCACACGGGCGAGAAGCCCUAUCCAUGUGACAUAUGCGAAAAAUCAUUCAGUCAAAAUGAGCAACUAACGGUUCACAAGCGGACGCACACGGGAGAGAAACCUUACCCGUGUGACGUGUGUGACAAAUGGUUCAGUCGAAAUGAUAGCCUCACGAAACACAAGCGAUCGCAUACGGGAGAGAAGCCCUACCCGUGUGACGUAUGCGAUAAAUGGUUCAGUCGAAGUCACAAUCUGACUAUUCACAAGCGGACUCACACGGGCGAGAAGCCCUAUCCAUGUGACAUAUGCGAAAAAUCAUUCAGUCAUAGUAGCCAAGUGGCUGUUCACAAGCGGACUCACACAGGAGAGAAACCUUACCCGUGUGACGUGUGUGACAAAUGGUUCAGUCGAAAUGAUAGCCUCACGAAACACAAGCGAUCGCAUACGGGAGAGAAGCCCUACCCGUGUGACGUAUGCGAUAAAUGGUUCAGCCAAAAUGUCCACCUGGUGGUUCACAAGCGGACGCACACGGGCGAGAAACCUUACCCGUGUGACGUAUGUGAAAAAUCAUUUGCUGAGAGUUCUAAUCUGACUAAACACCGACGAAUUCACAUUAGAGAGAAGCCAAACCUAACGUGAUACACCGCCCUGUCCGGAUUUAAUGAUUUUGACGUACGUCUGUUUCUUUUAUGUAUUAUCAGUUAUUAAUCCGUUUGUUUUUCAAUAUCUUUAACGAAAACACUGUCGGUUUUUGGUUCACGAUUUGAAUUAUUAUAUACAUUAUUUUUGUCACUGAAUUAAAAAAAAUAAAAAUUGUUGAAACCCUUUAUAGGUUUCCGGUAACUAUAAUUACCAGUCAUUUUUUCUAUGAGUUAUUGUGAUCUUUUUUUACCACUAAUUGAUGCAACAGUUAAUUUAAUGUCAUGCGAGUGGUUAGCCUGUACACGAAAUAGUGUUACCCUUGUCAUGUUUUCGGAAUCGUGAUAAUAUAUUGCGGUAAUUUCAAUCCAUGAUUGAAGACGAACAAGACUAUAAAGUUGUUUGAGGUUAUGCGUUCCAAGAAAACAUUUAUUAACGAUAUACACUCAAAUUACCGACAGAGUAAAAUAUACAUAAAAAUAAUUCAUAAUAUUUCAUAUUACGUGUCGGACAUCAUUAAUUAAACGUACAAAAAAUGGUUAGCGAUAAGUUACGUUCGGGUUCACGGUGAGUUACGGCUAGAAGUAUAAGAAAUAACUUAAGAUGAUUUUAAAAUUUUAGUUAUUACCAUAAUUACUAUUGUUGUAUCAAUAUAAAUAAUUUGUAAAAAUGAUCAAAUUUUUUAACGCUUAUCUACUAAUUCUAAUAUUACAUAUUAAUAUAGUUCACAUUUUUGUAAAUUAAUUUUUAAGAAUUAUUACCGUUAGUGUUAACAUUUUAACAACUAAGAAACUGCUCAUUAUAUUUUUAAUUAAAAUGCAUGAACAUUUUCAAAAAAAUCAUCCAUUAAAUAGUUUUCUGUAAAUCAAUGGGUUCUCAUUUGCAAAAUAGAAUUAUGUACAGCAAUAAGACGUUCCGUAUGUAGUACCUACUUACAAAAAAUAUCACGUAAUUUUAGUAUGAUCUCUAGGUAGGCACAUUUAAAAAUUCUAAAAACAGAAUUUAAAUAAAUGUCCUGUUAAAGUGAAAAUUGGUUGUGGGUAUGCUUAAACAAUCACAUUAUACCUAUAUGUCUCUUUAAAAUUUGAAUUUUCAGCAUGCAUUGACUGUCCAUAAACUUACUCUAUCUACCCUCUCUAUAAUUAUAGUAGGCAUCUACAAGAUAACAUAAAUAUAAUAUAUAGGUAUUGUUUCUUUUAUUAUAAAUUAUUAUUUAUUA